UACGGUCCCGGCGUCUACGGCCCUGGUGUCUACGGCCCCGGUGUGGGCGUGGGCGUGGGCGGUUAUGGCGCGCCUGCUGCCCCCGCGGCUUACAACAGCUACCCGAGCACGAACGGCGGCGGUGCCACAGCAAGUGCGUCAGCGACUGCGAACGCCAACCGCGAGCUCCGCUCGCAGGAAUGA